AUGAAAAAAAAUAACAAAGUAAAUUCAAAAAAAAAUAAUGUAAAUGAAGAUAUUACAUAUGAAGAUGAUGCUUUUACGAAAGAAAACAAUUUUAAUGACAUUAUAAAUUUUGAGAAACAAAAUCAAAAUAGCGAUCAAACUUCACUUAUGAAAACACAAAUGAAUGAAAAAUAUAUAAAAAAAAAAUCACAAAUAAAAGAUAAAAAUCAAAGCUUAAAAGACAAUAAAAUAGAAAUGAAAGAAGAAAAGGAAGAAAAAGAAGAAGAAAAAAAAGAAGAAAAAGAAGAAGAAAAAGAAGAAAAGGAAGAAAAGGAAGAAAAAGAAGAAGGAAAAGAAGAAGAAAAGGAAGAAAAGGAAGAAAAGGAAGAAAAGGAAGAAAAGGAAGAAAAAGAAGAAAAGGAAGAAAAAGAAGAAAAGGAAGAAAAGGAAGAAAAGGAAGAAAAGGAAGAAAAGGAAGAAAAGGAAGAAAAGGAAGAAAAAGAAGAAGGAAAAGAAGAAAAAGAAGAAAAAGAAGAAGGAAAAGAAGAAGGAAAAGAAGAAGAAAAAGAAGAAGGAAAAGAAGAAAGAAAAGAAGAAAAAAAAGAAAAAGAAAAAGAAAAAGAUGAAGAAAAAGAAAAAGAAAAAGAAAGUGUUUAUAUUAAAAGAAUAAUAAAUGUUGAAAUAACAUCAGAAAUAAGAAACUUUAUAGAAAUAUUUAUAGAAAAUAAGGAAGAAAUUAUAAAUUGGUGUAUUAAACACAAUUUUUUAUAUUCAAAUAAAAUUAACGAAAAAACCUCUAACAUAAUUUUUAAUGAUUCAAAAAAUAUAGAUAAAUUUUUAAAAGAGAAGAGUAUAAAUAUUGAUGUUUUAAGUGUUCUUAUAUAUUUCUAUAACUUGUAUUGUACUCAUAACAACAAAGAAAAAAUUAAUUUUCAUGAUAUGAUGUAUAAUUCUUGUAUAAUCUAUAGAGGUAUAUAUGAAAAUAUAGACAAAAAUAGUAGAUCUUUUAAAAAUUUACUAAAAGAAGAAAGAGAAUAUAAAAAAAUUAUGAAAAAAGAAAAUAACAAGAUAAAUGAUUUUUUCUUUAAUUACAAAAAAACAUUUCCGUAUGGUAUAAAUUUAAUAAUGGGAUUAUUUUUAACUUUUUUGAGUGGCUAUUACGGUUGUCUUUUAUUGGGAUAUACGAAAUUUACAACAAGAUUAAUAUGUGGUAUAUUAUUUUCCUAUAUUACUUUAAUUGUCGAAGUUAUAAUUUUUAUAAUCAUAAAUGAAAAAAUAGAAAAUCUAGAUAAGAAUAAGAAAUGCAUGGAUAGCAAUAAUGGUUUAUAUGAAAAGGUUUUUCUUAAUCAAGAACCUUAUGAUAUAAAGAAAACAGAAGAAAUUAAAGAAAUAAAUAAACAUUCAACACUAAAAAAAAGGAGGAAAACAUAA